UAUAUUGAAAGUCUGUUUGAUAAUAAUACGUUGUAAAUCAGAAUAGUUUCGUAAAUCAACACUGUAUGGGCAACAAGCAUGGCGUUCUUCGAGCAAUUUGCUGAGUUUAAUACCGCACCUGCGUCUGACGAUCCAGAACAGGAUUCUGAUGAUGUAACCCAAGCACAGAUCACUUACAACGAAGAUGACAAUGAAAUCAUUGACAAUGGUGCAUCACAGCUUCGACGUCAGACUGCAUCAUUUCUUUCUGACACUGAUACAAAGUAUGCAGGGCAAAAAUUGUCUCGAAAGAAUCUUGACUGGUUUGAUGACAAAGCAAGUGAAAGUGAAGGAGAUGAGUCAGAAUGGGAAACAGGAUCAGAAUCAAAAUUAGAAUCUGAGUCAGGCACAGAAGACCACUCAGAAGAGAGUGAAGAGGAAGAGCAGCAGUUGUAUACAUUCAGUUCUAAAGUUAAGCAGGCAGCCAAGAAGCAUGAGCCAGAAAAUGAGUUCAGAUUUGAGGAUGAUGAAGACUACUUCAAGCAUGCAGGCAGCCUAGAUGAAGCAGAAGAUGAUUUCAGUGAAAAUACUGAGGAUGAUCAAAGCAUAGAAUAUCAUGAAAAUAGUGAUGAUGAACGUGGUAAAACUGGAAAAUCAAAAGAUAGUCAAGAAGAGGAAGUGCUCCAGACUGUAGCCACACACCAGAGUGAUGAAAUCGCAAAAGGCAGGGCAACCAUUGCACAGCUUGGUGUGUGGGAUAGCCUGAUGGAGGGACGCAUCAAGUUGCAGAAGAUGCUAGUAUUGGUAAACCAGCUACCCCAACCUGAUGUCUGGAAACAGUAUGUCACUGAAGGCAGUGUAAGGGAAGCUGCAGAAAAAGCUCAAUCCAUGCUGCAGGAACUGUUGGCUGCACUGCUUCAGAUGCAGGGUAAGCUGCUGCUUAACAGGACUUCUGUUGGUGAUGCCAUUGACAUUGGCGACACAGUUUGUAAAAGUGAUAAUAAUGAAGCAGCAUCUCUGAAGAGAAAGCACAUGUAUACUGAUUUUGAUGAGAUUUGUGCCAAAAGACAUGCUGGAUUCUGCACAUACAGGAAUGACACACUUCACAAAUGGCAUGACAAGACACGGCUGUUUUCAAAGAAACUGAAGUCAUUCAGUGCUUUUGACAUUCCAGUCCUAAAACAGAUUGACCAGGUACUAAGUGACCGGGACAGGCUUGUACGUCGCACCCAGAUUAAACGUUCAUCAUACCAUGUGGUUGGAAAACCUGAAAAUGCAGAGAAGCCAGAACCUUCUAAACUGACCAAAGGAUCACUAGACAUGCAGUCCACAGUGGUACAUGACCCAGAAAUCUUUGAUGAUGACGACUUUUACCACCAGCUGUUGCGUGACUUGAUUGAACGAAAGGCUGAAGAUGCCUCAGAUCCCACCUUGGUCAGCAGGCAGUGGCUCGAGAUUCAAAAGCUGCGAAACAAGGCUAAACGCAAAAAUGUGGACACUCGAGCUAGCAAAGGCAGAAAGUUAAGGUACAAUGUCCACAACAAGCUGGUUAACUUCAUGGCACCAAUGGAUUCUUCUACCUGGUCAACAGAAGCUAAGAAUGACCUGUUUGCAUCAUUAUUUAAGGAUGCAGCUGCGCCAGUGGAAAGAUGAGGCUUCUCUAUCAAAUAUAAUUUUGCUAUGCCACAAAAAAGUGUAAAUGGUUUGAACAUGGAUAUGGUUUUUUUCUGCAACACCAAAGUUUCUUUUUUUUUUUCUGUGAAGAAAUGUAUGGUCUGAUCAUAAUCUUCAUGAGGCAUUAAACAAAAUAGGGAAACUUUAUGUUUUUAUUGUGUCCUCUCUGGAGGUUUGCAAGAAUUUAUGCUGUUUCUAAUAUACAGACAUUUCAACAGACAUUCAUUCUUGUCUUUUAUUGUCUGAACAUAUCACAAGAUUUGGAACUAUCAACUCUAAGACUCUGUAGAUGACAAACAUUUUACAAAGUGCAAUACUCUGUUUCAAGAAACAUUCUUACGAUAAAAGAUGAAACACUUUGGCCUUUAUGUUACAUACAUGAUGCAUCCAUGAAAAAAAGAAAAGCAUUUAUGUUAUUUAUAAGAGAUCACCUUGAAAUAUAUUACUAUAGAAUACUAUUUUCCCGUUUCCAGCAUGUUGCUACGCAAUCUAUGCGCAGCAUUUUCCCUCCCAAUGGCCUUUUAAAAUUUGGGUUAAUGUUGAGAUUUUUUUUGUUAUCUAGAGAUAUCACAUUCUUAUUCUGAGAAGAUUUUUUUUUUUAAUUUUAUCACCGUGAAGCAUUUUUUUUUAAAUCUUGCUUCACGGUGAUAAAAUUUAUGUACUCAUUAUUCUGAAUGCAAGAGACUUCUUUUUUUUUUUAUUACUACAGAAUGUUUCUCAGCCCCUCCUGCAACAUAUACAAAAGGUAAGAAAAAGCAGCACAGUAGGUGACAAAAGAAGCUGAAACUAAAUGACCAGCAUAGUCCUGUAUGCAUAUUUCAUACCUGGAAAACAUGAUCAUAGCUGUCUGCAACCAAACAAUUUUUUUUAAAAAGCCAUGCUUCCCCAAAAAAAUAAAAAAAUGGAAUGCUUUUAAAAGAAAACUGUUAUCUCAAUAUUUCUAAUAAAUAUACAUAUACCCCUAUUUGCUUGGUGGGAAUUACUGGGCUGAAGGAAGGCAUGGAUGUAGUCCUCCAACUCUGAACAAUUUUAGUAAACACUGCUCAUGAAGAAAUGUCCUCUUUUUCUAUCCUAAAAAGAUGCAAAAUAUAAUUUGACUGGGCAGCAAGGCACAAAAAUUCCAUCAAUAAGCUAAGUUUCAUCUAUGCAAAGUUACACAGUCUGCACAUUCUAGAAAUCUGCAUCACAUCUGACCGGCCUUAAAUGAAAAUUCAAUUAGAAAUGCGAUAUACUUUGUUAAACCGACUGUAGGAGAUGCUCCAUUCACCUCACCCAUCCCUUUCAACUUGUUAAAAUAUUUUAAAUGUUUUCAAUAUAUACAUAUAGUAAAUGUUAACCUUUAGGUCUUUUUUUCUAUAGAGAACAGCUAAUUCCCCUUUUACUCCAUAAAGCAAAAAAUGUAAAAUCUGUCACCGAUUCAAUCUUUUCAAAUUAAUAAAUUU